UUCUACAAAAAAGUACAGCAACCGAAUGCCCCAGCCAAACGACGCUGAAGAGUUCCGCAGAAGCGUGUUGGCCGGUUUCAAGGAAAUUAACUGGUUCUCUUUCAGACCAGAAGAUCUACCCAACAAUGGCUGCUGUUCAUACCAAGUGGACCAGUAUUUAACCAACGGCCAGAAAAAUGGUCUGUCGCCAGAAGAGUAUCUAAACAAAACUUUUACCUUGGACAUACUCGACAGAAGCAGACCUUUAGUAUAUGUCAAGGCCAAAUUUAAUGAUGUGGUUUGUAUGAGUGUGGUCAGUCAAAUUGGCUUCGGACAAGGAAAACUUCGGAUUGUAGGAGGCCACGGGAAGCGACAUCCUUUCAUGCUUCCACCACUGGGCGGAAACAACACAGAUCAGAUAGCAGUGUUCCGGGGGCCUCACAUAGGCGACAAUUUGACAAUGGCGUGGUUCGUUGUUCAUGUCCUUUGCGCAGAAAAGCCAGAGUUAUGUCCAGGAAUCGAUGCAUAUAGUGCUACAUCCGCCAGUGACAAAAUACCAGCUUUUUUGAAACCACGAUAUGAUGCGAACUGAUUCUCUCUUUGCAUGUACAGAAAACACAGAACUGUCUGCAUUAUGUAUGCAAUUGUAGACAUCAACCGACAGAAUCAUCAAAAUGAAGAAAGUAACUUCUGAAAAAAUAAAUUGGUUACAACGGA